GUUUGAGUAGUUUAUCAGUGUUGUAUGAGAAGCAACGUGUACCUCGCUACCAUGGCACUUGUUGAUAGUACCUGGUGCUGUAGGCACCUCUACCUGCUACCCUGGUACUCUUCUCUUAACUGAUGAUCUUUGCAGUUUCUUUAGUUGUACCUGAACACAAUCCAAAAUGUCAAAUUUCAUCUAUCGUUUAUCAAGAAAAAAAUUCGUUACUUUUGAGGACACAGAACUGCCUAGAGUUUUGACUGCCCUCGACCUAACAUUCCUUGGUAUUGGCUCAACUAUUGGGGUUGGCAUUUAUGUUCUUGCAGGUCAGGUUGCAAGAGAAACAGCAGGACCAGCAGUCAUAAUAUCAUUCCUCAUUGCUGCAAUAGCCUCAGUCUUUGCUGGUCUAUGUUAUGCAGAGUUUGGAGCUCGUGUGCCCAAAGCAGGUUCAGCGUAUGUCUACACUUAUGUCUGCAUAGGAGAAUUUAUUGCUUUUAUCAUUGGAUGGAACUUAAUCUUGGAAUAUGCGAUCGGCACAGCAAGUGUUGCUUCUGGAUAUAGUGGGUAUGUUGAUGAGUUAGCAAACAAAUCGAUGUCCCAGGCAUUGGCUAAGGCAAUGCCCAUCGAUGUCUCAUUUCUCUCUACUUAUCCUGACUUCUUGGCAUUUGGCCUGUCAUUUGUAUUGGCUCUUGCCUUGUCACUGGGUGUUAAGAGCUCGUCACGAAUGAAUAACGUCUUUACCAGCAUCAAUUUGUUUGUCAUCGUUUUUGUCAUCAUUGCCGCUGGAACGCAAGCAAGUGUUGAGAAUUGGGCUAUACCUGAAAUAGACCUGUAUGAGAAUGGAACAUGCACAGUACCUCUUCCACAAUCGAUGGAUAGUUGGGGUGUUGGAGGAUUUGCCCCCUAUGGCUUCAGUGGCAUUAUGCAGGGGGCAGCCACAUGUUUCUUUGGCUUUGUUGGCUUCGACUGUGUUGCCACAACUGGUGAAGAAGCAAUCAAUCCACAACGCAACAUCCCUAUUGCCAUCAGCCUCUCUCUCCUGUUUGUCUUCUUAUCUUAUUUUGGUAUAUCUGCAGUGCUAACACUAGCAGUACCCUACUGCAUGGAGGAUCCUCAUGCACCUCUAGUGGAUCUUUUUGAACAACUUGGAUGGAUUGCUGCUAAAUGGGUUGUUAGUAUAGGUGCCUUGUUUGGCUUUUCUGCCAGAUUCCACAAAUUGUCACUCAUCCAAUACGCAUCCAAGUAUGUGUCUUGUCCUUUGAACCCUUCAAACUUUGUGUGGCAUUUUUUCAGAUAUACAGAUUCAGGUGUUUGCAGUGGGAACUCUGAGUAUACUUUGCUCAGAAACAUGUAUGCAGAUGAUGAUGAUAUCCAGUCUCAAAGCCUAAGUGAAUCUAGGAAUCAUAAAACAAACUAUGACAGCCUAGGUUAUUCACAUAGGGACUACAUGAAGCAGUUAUUCAAUCAGAGGGGCUUAAAAGACCCCACUGACCUUUCAUCAUCUUUGGCCAGCUAUGCUACUGUGUCUUACUGUUUCCUUGCCUUAAUAUUGGCUCUUCUACUAAAGCUGCUAGAGAAUCAGCUUGCUAGUGUUGAGUGGGGAGCUAUUACUGGUGUGGUUAUUGUUGCAAUUCUCUGCAUUAUCAACGUCUUCAUUCUUUCUCGCCAACCAGAAUCCAAGACAAAAUUGUCUUUCAAGGUUCCGCUCGUGCCUUGGACUCCAGCGAUAAGUGCUUUGUUUAACCUAUAUUUGAUGUGUAACCUGCCAGUCGACACUUGGAUUCGUUUUGGUAUCUGGAUGGCCAUUGGUUUUUUGGUCUAUUUUGGCUAUGGAUUGUGGAAUAGUUCAGCAGAUGUUAAACAGAGUGGAGCUGGACAUGGUGUAAACAACCUUGGAUUUACCAGAGAUGGAGUGAAUGGUAAAACUUCAAGCACACUUAUAAUCCCCACUAUUGAGAUUCAUCUAGCUACACCUGCAAAUUCUGAACCUAAUACUCCAAAAUCAUUGCAGAAAAGUAAAGUAAAGACUCCAUUAGCACAGUCUCCACUUGUUACUGUACAAGUUGAAGUUAAGCAUUAUACAGAGUCUGAUGUAGAUGGUACUGAUGGUGAAAGGUCUCUUAUGCGUGAAACUCAGAGUGUCUUAACUUCCUUAGAUAAAUUAUUUAGUGCAUCAGCAAAAGAGGAAAGGGACAGAUUACAGUGCGAGACUAGCAAGUCAUAUCUUGAGGAUAAUAAAGACACCCUGGGAGAGCUGCAGGAUGAUACAAGGGAAACAUCCAGCAAUAAUGUUCAAGGUAGAGAGUUGCCAGUGCUACUGUGGGAAAAUAAUAUACGUGACUGUGAUGAGGAAAAGAGUUCGUUACAAAACAUAGAUAACAAUGGCCUUGAAAAUUCAGGAUAUGGAUCUUCGAAACAGCAGUUGAAGGAAAAUAAAUCACAGUUAACUGAAAGUGUGGAUAAUGAUUCGAAUGAACUGGGAUAUGUAACACUUAAGGAUGUGAAAACCCAGGUGGCUGAGAAUGUACAAGAGGAUUUUGAAGAUGGUAGAAAUGAUGAAAAUGAUAAUAAAGAGAAAGCUUUGGCUUUGGAUAACUUAGAUGAAUUACACGAGAACAGAGAACCCCUUUAUGCUACAGUAAUUAAAAAAACAAAAAUUGAGCCCCUAAAACUUAAAUUUAACUUUGAUGAUGAUGUGUCAAUACUUAGAAGUUCACAGUCUGCUCCAAUUUUGCAACCAUCAACCCCACCCCCACCUGCAUUACCACCAAAAAUUUUCGGAUAUUCUCAUAGUAGUGUCCCCAGUACACCCGUGUCUAAGAAGCAUCCAUUCAAAGUUUUAAAGAGAAACUCCAGUUUUGAUGGCAUUCCACCAUCAUCCCCAGAUAGUCCCUUCGCUCGUCGCUUAGGUAACAAGUUUGUAAUUAUUCCAGUGAAGGAACCAGAAGCUGAUUCAGACACAGACAGUAUUAAUCAUAUGUCAUUUAUUGAGAGUAUUGUGAGUGAUAAACAAGAGCCAUACACAGAGAAUACAGAUGAAGAAGAUACACUAAUGAAUGAAGCCACAUCCAAAUUAGAAAAUGACUCCAAAUUGUCAAGUGAAAUUCAGAAGGGAAACAAAGAACCUAAAAUGUUCACCAUUGGAAGUGAUGAUUCUCUGGACAGUGCUAUAAUAAUAACAAACUCAAGUGACUUUAUAAAUAAUUUCCCUAGUCCUACUAUAACAAGUCAGACAAGGGAAUUCAAAAAAGUGUUUAGCAAAGAGUCAUUGGAAGUGCUUGAUACUAUUAGAGAAAGAGGGGAAAGUAAAAUAUUGGCUGGUGAUGAAGAUAAAACUGAUGUUAAAGUACCAGGGAAGUCUGUUGCAACAAAUACGGUUGUUCAAAAUGAAUUGGAUGAAAAUUUGCCUCAAAAUGCAGUAUAAGUAAUAAUGUAAUAUACUGUAUCAAUACUGUAUUUUCAACACUAGAAGGCAAACAAAAAGAACAGAUUGCAGUCCAAAUAGGAAAAAUUAUCACUAAGGAAAUACAUCGUGUGAUAUUCCUCAAUAAGAUUAAGUUUAACAUUACACAGUUGUCUUUAUGACAAACCAUUCACCUGGAUCACCACUUCAACACACAACCAUCCAGUCCUCUGUUGGCUCAGAUACACACUGAGCUACAUAAUUGUGAAGACAGUCACUAAUUAACUCCUGCCCUUGCAAGAGGUCACACUUGAUGCCUACUCUUGCGAGAGGUCACACUAAGCACCCUCCAGCACUUGAGACCAAUCAAGCCUUGCCAUAAGAAUGUCUACCUAAAAUGAUGUUCUUCCUCACAAAUCAGUGAUGGAACAAAGAAAUCCAGUUACAAACUAAAGAGAGUGCUGGUGUUCAGGACAGGACACCACCUAAUGAAAACUGCAGUAAGUCUUUGAUAAUGUUUGCCAGUUAUAGGGAUUUUUCUGUGAAAAAAUUGGAAAUGCUGUACUGGCAGUGUUUGGCAGGAAGAUAAACAUUGUUAAUAUUUCAGUGGACUAAGAAUAGUUAUUCACAGGUAAUGAAAGUGACAUCACAGAAUUAUUAACAAAUUAAAGCCAGGUUUGGUAACUAAUGAAGCUUUAAGAAGGUAUCAGUUCUCUGUGGACAGUACCUCCAGGAAUGCCCACUUUUAGUGCAUGAACAAGAAUAGCACUUUGUGAGUUCACCCAUAACUGGGUGUGGGAAUGCUUACAGACUUAAACAACAAGGUACAACCCUCAUUUGGGUUGAUUAAAUUGACCAAGGGCAGCUUGUUAGUGGGCAGUGCCACAUAACUUGAUUAAACACUGUAAUAAAUAUGAAAAAAUACAGAUUGGUUAUAUUUAAGUUAAACCAGCUGUUAACAAAAAUUUAGAUGCAGAUAUGUGAAGAUUUGUCAUGUGUUAAAGUUAAGCAAUAUUUGUCAUCAUGAAUCUGACCUUGUAAUGAACACAACAAUCCAGUUUUAGAUUUUUACCAGCAGCUUUUUAUCACUGCUGUGGUAUUGUUUAGCUUAGUAUUUUUUCUUUACCUGAGAUACACAGAAUUUUAACAGGUAACUUAAAAUUACACUUUAUAUUGGAUUUUACUUCAAAUUUUAACCCUUUCAGGGUCCAAGGCCCAAAUCUGGAGUCACGCACCAGUGUCCAAGAAUUUUCAAAAAAAAAAUUUGUUAUUUUUUCUUAUGAAAUUGUAGAGAAUCUUUUUGUGAAGGUAAUAAAACAAAAAGUACGAAAUUUGGUGGAAAAUUGACGAAAUUAUGCUCUCGCGAAUUUUGAUGUGUCAGCGAUAUUUAUGAAUCGGCGAUUUUGCCGACUUUGACUCCCAUUUUAGGCCAAUUACAUUAUUCCAAUCAACCAAAUUCUUAGCUAUUUCACUAGUAUUACUUCCAUUCUAUCGAUUGAGCACAAGAAAUCGCCAAGUCAACUGUUUCAACUACAAAAUAAAGUGAUCGGAAAUUGUUAAUUUGGCCAAUUUAACACAAAGUUCAAAAUAUUCCAAUUUCAAAAUAGGGUCCAGAAUAAACAAUGUAGGCAUUCCUGGCACUAAACUAACAUUUCCUCUGUUCAUUAGUUAUGUUUUGAGGCUUUACAAUAAAUUCCAUUUUGAUUUUUUAUUCACAUAAUGAAUUUUUAUUCACACCAAAAAAUAGAAGAUUUACUCUUAUGCAAUACUGUAAUAAUUGUAUAAAUAUCAUCACCAUAUUUGUGAAUGUAUAUUAGACCCACCAGCUGACGUGUAUUAGACGUGUGAGGUCGUUUGUUUACUCUUGAAUAUCGGCAAAAAUUUAACAUUUCCGCUACUUUGAGCUCAGUUUCAAGCCAUUUCCAGUGCUAAAACCAAUCAAAAUAAUCUCUAUUUCUGUAAUAUGUCUUCCAUUCUAUCAAAUGAGACCAAGAAAUCGCAAAUACAACUAUAAAAAACAUACGAAAAAACACUGCAAAGUUGCUGUUUCAAUCGAAAAAUCAUGAUUUCAGUUUUUUUCUCUCAUUAUACACAGUGUGCUGCAGGAUCUGUUUUAUGUGGUGCACACAUACCACAUAGAUGUAUUCUCUCAUAUCUAGGCCCAAAUGUACCACUCACAGUUUAUCAGAGUGAGCUGAGCUCAUGGCGUAGAUCUACGGUUUGGACACUCACCGUAAAGCCGUAGAUCUACGGGACGGACCCUGAAAGGGUUAAUCAUUGCACAUAGUAAAGCAUAGAGCAAAUCAACUACAAAUUGCAUUCUUCCUAACACUGCAAUGAUAAAUGUGACUGGCACUGCCAUCUGAAAUACAGUGUUAAGUCCAGUUGAAAGGAUAUGCUUAAUACUAUAUACUAAGAGUUCAGUGUCACAAUACCUGGCCAUUGUCUGGUGGAAUCAAGGAGUACGUAAUGACCCUUGUGAGCUAAGCACUUUAAUACACAAAAAAACUGCACAUAGGAGAGAAAAGCUUAUGACGACAUGUGACUUGUAAAUGUAAAGUAAAAGGACACAAGUGCAACUAAUGUGACAUUUAUUGUGGCAACGUUUCGCUCUCCAGGAGCUUUAUCAAGCCCUGGAGAGCGAAAUGUUGCCACAAUAAAUGUCACAUUAGUUGCACUUGUGUCCUUUUACUUUACAUAUUGUCGGUAAUUCUACCAACUUUAUUACACUUUGUAAAUGGUCCAAGUUGGACCGAAACGUCAUUGUAAGCUCCUCUCUCCUAUGUGCAGGUUAUUUGUGUAUUGUUCCAGUCAUGGUAUUGUGCCUUUUUGUUAUUUAAGCUCUUUAAUAGCAGUAAUAAUAAUAAUAAUAACUGACAGAAUCAACAAUAUUCCUGUAGUACAUGUAUGUUUAUCCUGACAGAUUGUGGGAACAAAACAUACAUUCAUAAUCAAGACAAAUAUUGAAGCAGAAUUUUUGUGAUUGGUUGUUUUCUAAAUCUAAGGACUGAAAAAGUCACCAGUGGUGAAAUGUCUUUCAGUAAUUGCUAUGAGUGUACUUGUGUUAUUGCUGUGGUAUUCUGGUACAGCAAUACUGAAAUAUACUUCAAAAAAUGGCAUGUUCUUGAGAUAAUGUACUAUAUUCUUAGCAUUCUUUUACAUAUCUUACAUAAACGAUUUUGUAUAUAAGAAAUUUUGAAAAUGUAUCAUAAUACUCAAUACUGUACUGAAUCUUGUGAAAAAUAAAUAUUCAUCUUUCA